AUGUUGUGGUACCUGCCAUGGUCUGAAAGCAUCAAGAAAAGAGCCUGCAGAUAUUUACUUCAACGCUACUUGGGUAAUUUUCUUGAAGAAAAACUCACUUUAGCACAGCUGAGUGUCGAUCUUUACAAUGGAACUGGUACCGUUUCAGACGUUAGCCUUGACUGCGAGGCUCUUAAUGAAUUGGGAGACUCUCAAAACUGGCCACUUGAAAUAGUGGAUGGGCACGUGAGAGAGAUCACAGUGACUGUCCCUUGGUCUACUAUACUUAAAGAUGAUUCCAUUGUGGAAAUUAAUGGCCUCUUACUUACAGUGCAGCCAAAAGUGCGAGCUGAGCCAGUAUCAUCCAUGUUGGAAUCUAUGUGGUCUUCUAUGUCCUCUUCCAUGCAAUUAGCAGCAGAAUGUCUACAAGAAGAAUCUGGUCCUCAAGAAUCAAAUCCUGUUGAAGGCAUUGAAAUGUUUGCACAUGCUAUAGAUUCAAUUUUAAGCAGAGUGAAAGUAAAAUUUGUUAACACAAAAUUAAGAAUAGAACAUGUCCCUAAAAAUGGAGACCAUGGCAUUGCUUUAGAAGUUCACAUCAAACAUAUUGAUUAUUUUGACGAAGCAGGAUCUGAACCAUUGCCAGAAGUAACAGAUCCUGAAAAAACAAAAACAUACAUCGUUGCUACAUAUACUAACAAAAAAAUCCAAUUUAAUGGUGUCACAUUUUAUAUGGAUGAAUUCCCUUCAAAACUCCGUACUAUGGCACCUAGUUUAAUUAUGGAAAAAUCUACAUCAGCAUCUACUCAAGCUGAUAAAUCCGAAGCAAACUCAGUAGAGUCGCCAGAUUCAAAUUAUCAAAGUACUAUGUCAGAUAUUUUUUAUGAAACAAGAAGUGUUAUUUCAACAAUAGAUUCGGAUCCUAUUAAAGAGAUAAUUGAAGAAAGGCAUACUGAAUCAACACGAGAAAGUACCCCAGAAGAGAAAACUAGUCAUCCUGAUCCUAUAUUAUUUGCAAAGUUAACUGGCCAGCAAGAACUGGCUUUAAAAUUAAAACAUUCAGAAGAAGUUGAGGGUCCCAAAGUGGAGGUGAAGAUAUUACUAGGAUCCUUCCUUAUAUUUUUUACUCCAAGACAAUUACAUACCUUGCUUGAACUUGUUGAUGCAUUAAACCAACCACAUUUAGAAGAUACAAGUAAUAUACCAGUUCGACCAACUGGCAUCCAACAAUGCAAACCAAUGAAACAGGCAGAUUUUCAAUUAAUAGAGGCACAGUUGCUCGGAAACUUAGAAAAGCAACAUUCCAAACCUCCGGGCAUGUACGGCUGGUCUGGACCUAGCUUUGAGGACAGCGAUGCAGAGAGCGACAAGUUCCUACCGAUGACGUCGCAGGGCAACCAGAUGACGGAGAGCUUCACCUCUUCAGUCAGCUCCAUGACCACCAGCAUGAUGUCCAGCUUCAACAUACCUAGCAGCCAGCCGAGGGUCAAACGGAAUAAGAAAGUACCACACAUUGAUGGAGACCCUACAGCUGAAGCCUCCCAUAUCAGUCUGAGGAUAGCAUCAUUCUCUUGCGUGCUUCUGCAUAAGGAUAUUUUAAUUCCUACGCCCUUGUCGACGGAUUGCAUCGCCCCCUCUUCAGCUACAAAGUUACAACACAUCUCUACAGAAUUCUUCAACCGUAUAGAAACAUUUAGUAAAUUUGACGAAAAGAGGGACUUGACUACAAUCAAUGACGCUUUAGAUACAGCGACCGAUAUAGACCAUUUAAGAGUGUUAACAUCGGAAAUAAGCUUGGAUGGCAGUGAGAAAGUAACGACACACGGGAGCCAGACCAUGUGCGAGGCGGCCGUCAAGUACGCGCUCGUCAGGGAGUGUCUCUACGUGCAGGAGGAAGAUACGGACGACGUUAAACCGCAAAAGUUUGAUUUGAUAUGGUUUGAUAAUAAAGAUGAAGAAGAAAGUGCAAGUGUGACAUCUAAAUCAAAUUUACGGAUUAAUUUCAAACAAACAUCAAAGUAUAUGCGAGUAUCCGGUGAAAAGAAAUUAGUUUAUCCUACAACAGAUAUAGUGUUAAAAUGCACUCCAUUCACGAUAGACGUGGAGUUGACUCUGUUAGAGCGUAUGUCGGCGACUUUCUUCGGCGGUGGAAGUAGGAGCGGCCCCAACUCGCCACCCGGACAGAACCAACUUAAUGUGACCUUGCAGUGUCCUGAUGUCAAUAUUAUACUCAGAUUCCCAGUGGCGGACCUGCGCGCGCACGCGCCCCGCGCCGCGCGCCGCGUGCGCGCCGACCACCUGGUGUUCAAGCUGUGCAACGCGCUGGCGGGCGUGCAGCAGGCGGCCAGCGCGCGACCGCAGCCCACCACGCUCACUAUCAAGAGCACUACGUUGGACUUGUACUAUCAUGAAAAUGAACAUUUGCCUGCUACCCACAUAGCACAGACGACAAUGGAUGACACUUCAUUUGGAGCAGACAUCCUUAAAGGCAACACGACGUCUCCUUUACCCAUGAUAUCCAUAACUUUCCAACCGAAAGAUUCAAGCAAGGGUCCCUUCGACUCCCUCCACGAAGAGUUGAACUUCGAACCCAAAGCACCGAACCCCAUGACAACGUCUAUGUACAUUAUGGACAAUCUACGCAGCGCUCUACCCAGUCCUUUUAGUGGGAAAAAGAUGGCGCAUCAGAGUAUAAGCAAACACGAAAACAAUCAACAAGGUCAAGAAGAAGAAAUAAUAGUCCCAGGAACUGAGGAAGAGAUGGCAGAGUUCACAAACAGCUCUGUAGAGAAUUCUGCCAUACAUCUCGAAUUCAAUCUUCCCAUACUUAGCUUACAGCUUGAAUCUAAACAGCUAUACGAGAUAAUUUACAAUCGUAUUAACUCGGACCUCUUGCUAUGGGAACCGCAACUGCAUCAAUUCGACAUCAACCCUCACAUAUCUUCCCCCAUAUACCCUUCCUUUGGACUUUGCAAAGGGAUGGGAGAUGACUCUGACUCUGAAACUUCAUCUUCUGAAGAAGAAAAUUUAUAUUACUCCACAUACGAUAAUAAAUUGAAAAAAGGUAUCGGAAAUACACGACCCUUGCCAGAGAAUAAGGAGAGUGAGAUGCAUAACUUCUGUCUCACUCUCAAAGUGGGUAAAGGGCUGAUGACCAUCUAUGCACCAGUGAGAGAUAGUAACAAGCGUGUAGUGCCAGGACAGAUGGGAGAGCUUGUGUUGGAAGCCAACAAGCUGUCUAUGUGUCAAGUGAGCGGUCUCAACGGCCGGGCAAAGACCGCGCAACUGUGUCUGCGUGCGGGAAAAGCCACCUUGUAUCAUGAACCUCUAUUAACAAUACCAUCAGAAAAACCUAAUCUUAGACUGUAUGGAACAACUUUGCCGAUGCAUCUGAAGAGUACAAUAUAUCCAUCCGGCAAGGGCAUGGUGAUAAAGGCUCGGUUACCGAAGAAAGAUAUGUUCACAAUGGCGCUUAAAACUGAGCCGGACACGGAAACACCUAAUUUGAAGACAAUCUGCAUAGCGCUGGGCAUAGAGCAGGCGACGCUGCGCCACCGCGGCGACGCGGGCGUGGCGUGGCUCGGACAGCUCAUGGACGUGCUGGACGUGCUGGACUACCCCGUGCCCGGCUACACGCCCACGCCCGUGCUCUCCGAGCUGCACGUCCACGUGUGGGACUGCGCCGUGGACUACCGACCAUUAUAUCUGCCAAUACGAACGGUAGUUACUUUGGGAAACUUUAGUGUAUCCAGCAAUUUGAUCCCAGAAACAAACACGUCGUAUCUUCGUUUCUUAGCGCAAGAGUGCUCUCUCUUCCUCUUUUACCUGACUGGGGCUAAAGCGAACGCGGCCGUGCCCCAAGACGAUGAUAAAACACCAGACAUAAAUAAGGACUAUGUUUGUGUAGUUGAUGUGGGGCUGUUCGAACUGUCAUUACGAAUGGAAGAUAAAAACAAUAGUUCAAACGACCAGCCCCAGGUGGACCUGACAGCGUCUAACAACAUGGUCAAUUUGUACACAUGUUGGGACUCCGCCUCGGCUCUUUGCAGGCUGGUCACCUAUGUCGCCUCAGACGGGGACUCGCAGCCUCCCUUCAACAGAUCGCGACAAACUAGCAUAUGUUCUGAUCAACCCUUGGAACCUUUAGUUGGGUUGGAAGAUCGACCUUUAAUAGAAGAAAUAAGAGAGUUAUCGCCGAGUGAAAUUCAGCAGGUGAACGAUUUAAUGGCCGAAGCUAUGAAAGAAAGCCCCAAUAACACAAUGGAAGAAGACGAACUAAACAGCUCAACAGAGAAAGAUGGUGUAGAGGUAUUCUUCUUCCCAGACGAAUCCAAUAUGAAGCAAAAGCAACCUUCGGAUACCAUAGACACUGACGCCGAACCUAAAUCCAUAGAGUAUGAGGAGUUUCCAAUAAUUCAAACUGAAGAAGUGCAAGACAUUAAACCAACAAAUUCCCAAGUGGCUAAAGACCUCGGUGACCCGACUACUACUCCGAAAUCUACUCCACGCAAGUCUAAACGGAAAAAGGUAAAGUCAACGGGCGAAGGCAGCAACACAGACGACGAGUACUGCAUAGUGGAGGAGCAGCCCUACGCGCAGGACAACGAGAUGGACGAGCCCGCCGUGACCUGGCUCAACGGCCCCGUCUACAUGGUGGACAACCACUUCACGCUGCCCGCUGCACGCUCCGACGUGCUCAAGGCUCCUAAGAGCUUCCCUCUGCCGGUGCUUAGAUAUACUUUAUGUGAAAUGAGUCUAACGUGGAACAUGUAUGGGGGAAGUGACUUCCGACAGCCAAACGACUCUGCCAUUACAAAGAAGACCGUCACAAUUGAUGAUUCAAGGAAACAGGGGUCACCUACAAUAUCCAACCGCAGCAAGGAGUACGAGCCGUACGAGACGGGGCGCGGCCUCCGCGCGGGCGUGGCGUGGGCCGCCGGCGCCGAGCGCGUGCGCGCGCCCGCCGCGCCCGCCGCGCCCGCCGCGCCCGCCUCGCCGCGCCGCGACCACCACACCUGCGUCAAGCUGUGUCUCACCAAGGUAAAGUUCCAACACGAGGUGUACCCGGCGGGCGGCACGCAGGCGUCGCGCCAGACGCUGGCCGUGGCCAAGGUGGAGGUGCUGGACCGCCUCGUGUGCAGCGAC